AUGCCUGCGUUUACGAGCGGGAUAACAAUGGAUGAUGAUACUUCAGCGCCCCAGCAGUAUCUUGGCCGCGCAAUUCGCCAGACUGAACGCACGUUUUAUGCAAGAGCAAUACUCAGGCACGUCAACAGCAGCACGUAUGUGGAACACUGGAAGGGCACCCCAACUUAUGUUACCACUACAAUGCAAAGCAAAAUCGUCAACGAUGACCCCACUAAUGCAUCCAGCCAGUAUGGUUCAGCAUAUUCCAACAAGCAUUGA